UGAUCUGAUAUUGUCCAAUUUGAAUGUAUUGUUUAGCUAUAUUUUAUACUUUAUUUUAUAUCCUUAAACAUUAAACUCGAAUUAACUCCAGCUUUAGACAAAGUUAUUUUUCAUAAAUAUUUAGAAAUUAGAUUUUAUCAAAAAAAAAAUCGUAGUUUACAAUAGUACAAAAUAAAAACCCCUAAAUUUUAAUCAAAACCACUUGUUGUUACCGUUCAAACGCCAGUUAUCUGCAGCUGUGUGCUGACCCGUUGACCAACACCAAAGAUAGUUCAUGUCUCAUUUAUCUGUCGUAACCUCUUCAUGAUGCUCCCAGUGAUGACUUGGAAAAACAGAGUGUGUGGCUGUAACAGCAGCUGCAGGUCCCAUGCAUGUUGUUUGUAACUCGACAUGAGCACAGCGUCAGUGUCGGUCCUAAAAAUAACCCAGGGAGAGACGGACGUGCCCUCCUUUUGACUUGGCCGGAGGCCUCCACCACGCUGCCUACUCCAUGUUGUUCUGACCAGCUGCUCGGCCACAAACGGCUUCUUACAGGAAGAAUGAGCCAUUAUUUCCAUUCUCUUGCUCUGUGGUGAGUCAUAUUUUUUACUUAAAUUCGCACUGGUUGAUGACAGGAAAUGUAAUAGAGCCCUAAUGAUUACUACAUAUUGCGCUAAUCCUGAGCCAGAGGCAGUUUGAGGUUGUUUUCUUACUGGGGGAAACAACAGAUCAUUUUGUUUUACAAAUGUUUUGAAUUUUCGUUGAACUCUCAGAGUUUCUUGCAGUUUUUGUUUCAGGUGAAUCGUCAACAGAAGAUGUACGCAUCUAUUUUGGUAAUCUGGAGCUGACAUUUUUCUUCACCACCAUAAAUAUCUGAUUCGGUCCGAACGACCAUGGUGCGUAAUGUUGAUGACCUGGAUUUCUGCCUGUCUUCUCAUUCUCAAAGUAUCCUGGAGGGUCUGCGUUCCCUCUGCUCUCAACCCAAACUGGUGGACGUGACGCUGAACGCAGGCGGCAGGGACUUCCCCUGUCACCGUGGCGUUCUGGCUCUGUGCAGCAGAUACUUCCACUGCAUGUUCUCCGGUGACUUUGUCGAGAGCAUCGCAGCGCGCGUUGAGCUCCAGGGGGUCGAUCCUGACAUCCUGAGCCACUUGCUGGACUUUGCCUACACGGGUAAACUAACUAUUAACCAGAGCAAUGUGGAAGGGUUGAUCUGCACUGCGAGCCAGCUGCAGUUCCAGACCGUGAGGUCAGUGUGCAGCCGAUAUCUCCAACACCAGAUCGACGCAACAAACUGCCUGGGGAUCCUGGAGUUCGGGGACAUCCACGGCUGCCCCGAGGUGGUGGCCAAAGCCUGGGCUUUCGUCUUGGAGAACUUCGAGGCCGUGCAACAAGGUGAGGAGUUUUUGACGUUGGAGAAAGGAAGAUUGAUGUCCUGCCUGUGCGACGAAGGACUACAAAUCCACUCGGAGAGCACGCGCGUGGAAGCCAUCCUGAAAUGGGUGGGUCACCUCAAAGAGGCUCGGCUUUGCCACCUCCCAGAACUCCUCGGCCUGUCGCGGCUCUCUCUGCUCAGCCUGGACUACCUCACCGAGACGCUGCUGAAGGACAGUCUCAUCCAGGCCUCGCCCAGUUGCAAAGAGGCCGUGGAGAAAAUUCACAGAGAGAAAACACAGUUGUCCUCAGAACAUUUGGACAGAUCUACUUCUCAGAGUCCACAACCAAAUCUGCAACCGGUGCUCUUUGUAAUGGGGGGACGCUCGCUUGACGAUGAUGACGAGGACGAAGAUGAUUCAGAUGAUGAGGAGGAUAGAGAAUUGAGACUACAAAGACUGCAGCCAAAAAACUGUGCCUUCUACAACCCCAAGACAAAACAGUGGCAUGAACUCCCUAAUUUCCCGAAUGCAAGGAAGUGGGGAUACUCCAUGGUUUCUUUGAACAACGACGUUUAUGUCACAGGCGGCUCACGGGGUUCAAAUACCAACACUUGGUCCACCACAGAGACCUGGAAGUACAUCACAAGAGAGGGGAAGUGGGUUACAGUUGCGCCCAUGAUCCGGCCUCGGACCAACCACACGUCAGCUGUCCUUAAUGGAGAGAUUUAUGUCAUUGGAGGUACAACAUCAGACCAGGUGGAGGUGGAACACUACGACCCCUACAGCGACACGUGGGCGCUGACGUGUCCUGCGUUGAAGUACGUGACCAACUUCACCGCUUCAGCCUGUCAGGGGAAGCUUUACGUGAUUGGCUCUUGUGCUGUGAAGUACAACGCGUUGGCCAUGCAGUGUUACAACCCAGUUAUAGAUAACUGGAUCAGCAUAUGUGCGCCGUUCAUUCCCAAAUACCUGUCCUCUCCGCGUUCGGUCUGUGUGGAUGGCAUCAUAUAUCUGGUGGCCGACAACACGAAGAAAGUCUACUGCUACGACCCCGAGGCAAACAUAUGGCAGAAGGUCCAGCUCCUGCACAUGCUGCAUGAAAACGGGGGCCUGGUAACACUGGAAGGAAGGCUAUAUGUCACUGGAGGUCAUUGGAAGGGCAUGGAGGGUGACUACGGUGUGGAGGUGGAGGUUUACAACCGAGCGGCCAACAACUGGGACGUCGAGUGUGUCCUGCCCAGGCUUUGGUUCUACAGCGGGGUGAGCACCAUCUUCCUGGACCCGUCUCAGUGGCCUGAACUUUUUCCCAUAGAUUCAACAGAUUGAACCUUUGUCCUGACGGAAAAUGAAUUGUGUAGUUGCUUUUAUAUUUAGUUUACGAUAUUAAUGUAAUGCCAUUGUACUGUAGAGUAGAUUGUUAUAUGAUCCUCAGGGAUUGUAGACAGGUUUUAAGACCUACUUUGCUGCUUUUUUAAUUACACUUACAGUGAGAGACGUUAAAGAAUCUUUUAAUUGAAAAUCAUUUUCUGAUGGCUUAAAAUAAACUGUUCUUUAACCA